CCUGGCAGCCGCUCUGGCAGGCGGAGUUUGCAGCCCCGGCGUGGCUCUCCUCAUGCACCCCAUCUGCAGGCUCUCACCUGCCCCGGCUGCCCCCCGACAUGCCUGAGCGCACGGCCGCCUCGAGGCUUCGGCUCUCCGGGUUGUGCUUCCUCCUCCAAAUCCUCAACAUCCUCCUCUUUGCCGUGUUUGUCCGCUACAGCCCCGAGAGCAGCCCUGGCCAGUGCCCCCCGCAGCUGAACUGCAGCCGGAGGAGCCAGGACUCGGCUUUCCAGCAGCCCCGUUUCCAGGAUGUCCACAUCCAAGUUCUCCUCAGCUUCGGGCUCCUGCUGGCAUUCCUCAGCCGCUAUGGGCCAGGCAGCUCGGCCAUCAGCAUCCUCAUCAUCGCCUUUGCCAUCCAGUGGGCUGUUCUGAUCCAGGGCUUUUUUUACUUCUUCCUCAAUGGCAAAAUUUACGUGGGAGCUCAGAGCAUGGUCAGUGCUGACUUCUGCACCGCAGCUGUUCUGAUCUCCACCGGAGCUGUUCUAGGCAGGGUAAACCCCGUCCAGAUGCUGCUGCUGGCGCUGCUGGAAGUCACCCUGUGCUCUCUGAAUGAAUACAUCCUGCUCAGUCUCAUGGGGGUAAGCGACAGCGGACGCUCCCUGUCCGUCCACACCUUUGGUGCUUAUUUCGGCUUGAUGGUUUCACGGGUCUUGUACCAGCCCCACAAGGACAAGAGGAAGAGGGAAGAGCGGCAGGACACAGGGCACCAGAGGGAUGUCUUUGCUGUGGUUGGAACCAUCUACCUGUGGAUCUUCUGGCCCAGCUUCCCCUCUGCUACCACUGUCCACAACAGUGCCAAGGACUGGGCAGUGCUCAACACCUACUUGGCACUGGUGGCGAGUACAAUCGCCACCUUCAUCCUCUCUCCUGUCCUCUCCGAGGAGAGCACCCCACGGAUGGUUCAGAUCCAGGAUGCCACCCUGGCUGGCAUGGCUGUGAUGGGUAUGGCUGGGGAGAUGCUGGUCACCCCCUUUGGGGCUCUCAUCGCAGGGUUUCUGGUUGGCCUGAUCUCCCCUCUUGGCUUCAAAUUCUUCACGCCUGUUCUACACUCCAGGCUGAAAAUCCAGGACACAUGUGGGGUUCACAACACCCACGGGCUGCCUGGGAUACUGGGGGCCUUGCUGGGGACACUGCUGACACUGCUGGCCACUGCAGACACUCAUGGUGACAGCACCUCUUUGGAAGACAUUGCCCAGAGCCGUGAGCCUGUGACAACAAGCUCCCAAAAGCCUGUCCCCUCCCUGGCUUGCAGGCUGGAGUUUGUAUUCCCGCUGGUGGCCCAGGGCAGCCGGACAGUCACUGACCAAGCUGUUAUCCAGCUCUGUGCCCUGCUCCUCACCCUGGUGUUUGCAACGCUCGGGGGCUGCCUCACGGGUGCCGUCCUGAGAACCAAGGUGCUGAGGUGUUCCCCGGACCCGCAACACAAGGAAAACGCCGUCUUGUGGGAGGUGGCCGAGGAAGGAUGUGACCCCAGGGCAAGCGGAAAGGAGCUGGCCACCAGCACCUUGGUGUAAUGACCCCGGUGAGGUCCCAGUGGUGGUGGCAGUGCCUGCUGCCUUCUGGCAGCCUGAACUUCCCAGCAGCCUGCUCUGGAGAGAGCCACGCCUGUUCCCAUGCUGGAGCUCCUGGUCCCAGAGGUUUUGGGAGCAGCUGGGUGUCCACAGGCCUUGGCAGGGUGAAGAGGUUCUGCAGUGUCCCGGUGCUUGUUGUGGGAGCAGCACAGCUCUUGCUCCCAGGGUCACCUUGGGAUGUCCAGGCUCGGCUCAGCCACUUCCCCUCUCUGCUCCUUGCCUCAGUUUCCCCGUCAGCUGCUCUCUGAAGGAAGGCAGCGGGGGGAGGAGAGAUGACUGUGGUGGGGAAUGGGCACAGGAGGCUGAACAGAAAGCAGCAAUGACUUUGUACAGACACUUUUGCACACAAC